UCUCUCUCUAACUCAUCUCAUACAUUCAUCCCUCAUCUCUCACCUCAUCCUACCCUAGAACAACAAGAACAACAACAAUAACAUCAUCAUGCCCCGUCUAGCUAACAAAGUCGCCAUCGUCACCGGUGGCGGUUCCGGCUUCGGCGCCGCAAUCGCAACCCGGUUCGCACAAGAAGGCGGCAAAGUAAUAAUCGCCGACAUCAACGAAGCAGGCGGCCAGAGCGUCGCAUCCCAGGACCCAACAAACAUCAUCUUCCAAAAAGUCGACGUGACGAGUCCCGCGGACUGGAAGGCCGUGAUUGAGACUGCGGUUGCCAAGUUUGGCAGACUGGAUGUGCUGGUGAAUAAUGCGGGGACGAGUUAUCGCAAUAAGCCAACCCUCGAAGUCACCGAGGCAGAAUGGGAGCGCGUCUUCAAUGUCAACGUCAAGAGCAUCUUCCACGGAUCGCAGGCCGUCAUUGCCAAACUCCUCGAGCAAGGAACUGGCGGGAGUGUGAUCAAUGUCUCCUCGACGGGCGCCAAUAGACCCCGGCCGGGUCUUGUGUGGUAUAAUGCUAGUAAGGGGGCUGUUUCAAACGCAACAAAAGGCCUCGCGGCGGAAUACGGCCCGCACAAUAUUCGCGUAAACACCGUUGCGCCGCUCCUGUCGGGCACAGGGCUGUUCAGCAUGUUCACGGGAAUGGAGGAUACAGAGGAGAACCGGCAGAAGUUUAUCGGGAAUGUGCCGCUGGGGCGGCUGACGGAUCCUAUGGACGUUGCCAAUAUGUGCCUUUACUUGGCGAGUGACGAGGGGGCGUUCAUUAAUGGGACGGAGAUGGUCGUUGAUGGAGGGAAGUGUAUCUAGACUACUGGCCACUAGAAAGGAAAGUAUGUAUAUACUCGUCAUGAAUAGAUCAAGUCACUAUAUGCAUCAUGUCGUAUGUUAUCAAGCUAGAUUCGACUGGUCGAACAUUGGUAAAUCCUCCUCUAGUAGUCCCAUCAUAUACUGAUUCCCCGAAAACCAGUUCCCGAGCUGCGUCAUAUGUGGAAUUGGCGUGCCAAUAUUCUGGACAUGAGCUGCUUGAUAGUUCAUCUCACCAGACAUCGUAUUUGGAUUUGCAUUUGCAUUUGCAUUUCCCGGCGCCACGGUAGGGCCGGUCC